GUGGUAGAGCAGCAUGUCCGCCUUGUACCUGAGCACCGGCGCCCUGGCCAGGACUGAGAAUUCUUCUGUUUAUUCCACGACACUCCCAGGGAGUGUGAUGGAUGAAGAUGGUCAGAGCCUGCGCCGUCAGAAACUCGACAAUCAGUGGAAUCUUCUCAAACAGAAGCAGAGGCGGAAACGGCAGGACAUCCUGAUGGUCCAGGCAAACCCAGAUGCGAAGGUGAAGCCCAGGCAGCUACGGAAAGCUGAUGAGCAGGCGUCCCUCUUCAAAACACACAGCACCAAUGUUAUGUCAGACUUCUCCUGCAAGAUUCCAGAGGAGGAGAUAGCCAUCUCUCAUCUCCAGUUAGAGUCCCUCGACAAUGGGGACAGUUCAUUUGUCGACAGAGAUAUUCGUGAAGUGGCUAAAAUCAACAAGGAACAAACAUGGGAUCUGGGAAAAGAUAUCCUGGAAGUGGACGUGGAGGAACUGGACGAGAAUGGGACAGAAAAUCUGAGCACUUGCUUAGAACUCAGAGAAACAGCGACAAGGACUGAGAGAGCUCGGAAACUGGGGAAAGAAAUGUUGGAUGCCGAUCCGAGAGAGUUCAAUCAGGCUGUCAAACUGGAAACUCCUUUGAAGGCGAAAUCCCAACCAGAAGCAAAUCGAGAGAAAAGGCAGAGACGGAAAGAAGGUGAGAGAAAGUUCCUGAUGCAGCAGCAGCAUGGUCAGCACUGA